UGCGGGGCGCGGGAACUCCAUUUCCCGGAGUGCUUCGCGGGGACCCCACUUCCUGGAGCGCCUCUCGCCGGCCGAGGCGGGACUCCAUCUCCCAGAGCGCCCCGGUCGGCGCAGCCCUCGCUGGGUCGGGACGUGCGGGCCUGUUCCCCGCGCCGCGGGCGGCGGUGGCCUCGCCGCACGUCUCGGCGGCGGCGGCGGCGCGAUGGACAGCCCCGAGGUCACCUUCACCCUGGCCUAUCUGGUGCUCGCCGUGUGCUUCGUGUUCACGCCCACCGAGUUCCACUCGGCCGGGCUCACGGUGCAGAACCUGCUGUCGGGCUGGCUGGGCAGCGAGGACGCCGCCUUCGUGCUCUACCACCAGCGCCGCACGGCCGCCACGCUGCUGUGCCACUCCCUGCUGCCGCUCGGCUACUACGUGGGCAUGUGCUUUGCAGCCUCAGAAAAGCGGCUCUACUCCCCAAGCCAGGUCCCAGAGGCCUGGCGGUUCUUUCUCCUUCUGGCAGUGACCCUGCCCACCAUCACCUGCACCCUGAUCUACUACUGGUCCUGGGACCGGUGGGCCCGCCACCCGUUGGCUCGAACCCUGGCCCUCUAUGCCCUCCCACAGUCGGGCUGGCAGGCUGUCGCUUCCUCUGUCAACACUGAGUUCCGGCGGAUCGACAAGUUUGCCACAGGGGCACCGGGAGCCCGUGUGAUCGUGACAGAUACGUGGGUGAUGAAGGUGACGACGUACCGUGUGCACGUGGCCCAGCAGCAGGAUGUGCACCUGACUGUGACGGAGUCACAGCAGCAUGAGCUCUCGCCAGACUCGAACCUGCCCGUGCAGCUCCUCACCAUCCGUGUGGCCAGCACCAACCCUUGGGUGCAGGCCUUUGACAUCCGGCUGAACUCCACGGAGUAUGGCGAGUUGUGUGAAAAGCUCCGGGCGCCCAUCCGCAGUGCGGCCAACGUGGUCAUCCGCCAGAGCCUAGGUGACCUGUUCCUGGAGACGUUUGCUUCCCUGGUGGAGGUCAACCCCGCAUAUUCAGUCCCUAGCAGCCAGGAGCUGGAGGCAUGCAUUGGCUGCAUGCAGACACGUGCCAGUGUGAAGCUGGUGAAGACUUGCCAGGAGGCGGCCGAGGGCGAGUGCCAGCAGUGUUACUGCCGCCCUAUGUGGUGUCUCACCUGCAUGGGCAAGUGGUUUGCCAGCCGCCAGGACCCACAGCGCCCCGACACCUGGCUGGCCAGCCGUGUGCCCUGCCCCACCUGCCGUGCACGCUUCUGCAUCCUGGAUGUGUGCGCCGUGCGCUGAGUAGGCCAGGCCAUGGUGAGGGAGCGGCCUUGGGGGUCCUGCCAGCCCUUCCAGGGCCCCCACUGCUGCCUCGGGCAGCCGGGUCUCCAGGCCCAGGGCCCUCACCCAGCUACAGAAGGACGAAGGCAUUUGUUUAGCGAGGACGUUCUCUGCUGAAGUGCUGGCAGUGCAGUGGGAUGGGUCUUCAGGGCCCUGCCUUCAUUUCCCACUCCCCUGGGUACGGGCGGGUACAGAUCAUAGAACACGGCCUGGGCCCAUCUCCUGAGCAUCCUGGGACCCCCGCGCUGUCUUUAAGAGACCCUGGGGUCUGCCCCAGAUGGCCCUAACCUGGCCUCUUGCCUUAAUUUCAUGGAGCACAUCUGCCCUUGGUUACAUGCCAGACCCAGAUUCGUCCAAGCCUGGCUGUGGUUAGUCCUGCUUCUGUUCCCAAGCCAGAUGCUGGUUCCACAAAGCUGCUCUGAGGACCUGGGGCAGAACCUACCAGUGGAGGGGAGACCUAGCAUGCACUCCAGGGUGAGCCCCACCUGGGGCUUCCUGGUGGCUGUUCCUGGAUGAGGUGGCCCCUGCUUGCUCCUUGCCCACGGAGACCCUGGCUUCCCAUCAGGAGCUGGGCAAGGGACUGGCUGCUCUGUCACCUAUCCCUUAGCUGUGUGCUCCUGGGGCCACUCAUCCCCUGGAGGGUCAUUACCUAUGUGCCUUCUGCCCCCAAGAGUCCAGGUAAGAGUCAAGCUUUAGAUCCUUGGCUGGGGAGGCACUGAACCGCUGAAGGCCAAGUGCCACAGUGGCAUCCUGAAUCCACACAAGCUUGUCAGGAUGUA